AUGCAGGAGCAGAAAAGGAUUACUGAGUUCUUCUCUUCACCCAUUGCGAAGAAAUCUUCGCUAAGUCCAAGAAUGCCAAUAUUCGAUUUGACUCCAAAGCAGUCCACAAAGAAGAAGCCUCGUCUGUCUGUCGAUGAACAUGAUUCAAAACAAACUACAUUAAAUGCUGGUCAACAAAAAAUUGGAGGACAAUAUUGCAGAGAGUGUGACAUGAUGUACUCUAUCGAAAGUGUGGCAGAGGUGGAAAUGCACAAAAAGCAUCACAAUAGGCUAUUCGAUAUCGCCGAAGUGAAAUGUGACAUGAUGUACUCUAUCGAAAGUGUGGCAGAGGUGGAAAUGCACAAAAAGCAUCACAAUAGGCUAUUCGAUAUCGCCGAAGUGAAAGUAUCUUCAUCACAGCUCAGUCUAUGGCUUAGAAGAGAACGUCACUAUGAUUCUCCUAAUGGAACAAUUUUCCGCAUCCAUCCACAUUCCAGGUCUACCCUCAAACGGAAAGUAGAACUAGUAAUUGAGGAAAUUGUUAACCCAAGUGUAGGAUUCGCUUCCGAUCUUUCAAUUUGGGGUUGGGAUGAGAGGAGGACCGUGUGGGCGUCAGUUGUUAGCGAGGGUUCUACAUAUUAUAUCGCUGGUGUCAUCGUGACGGAGCCUCUCUUGUCAGCGCAGUGUUCGGUUACGGGAGGGACUAUACGUGAUGGCGAACCGAUAAUUGGUGUAAACCGUCUAUGGACGCAUUUCGCUGCAAGAAGGAAAGGCACUGCUAGCGAAAUCCUUGACGUCAUUAGGAAAUGGUACUUCACUGGAGUGCUCGUGCCAAGAAAUAGAGUUGCGUUCAGCGAUCCAACUGAUCUUGGUAGAAAAUUUGCUGAACAUUAUUUAAGGAAAGAGGGACAGUCAAGCUCUUCCAUCCUUAUUUAUCAAGUCUCCAAAUGA